AUGCUGUCACUGCUGCUGCUGCUGUCCCUGCUGUGGAGAGGGUCCCUGACUCACAAUUUGAGAGUCAAGCUGGAUCUACUGAAAUCUGUGACAGUGUAGGAGGGCCUGUGUGUCCUUGUGCCAUGCAAAUUUUACUACCCCACGAGUUCCAAUAGAUACCUUCACAUGUUUUGGUUCCGGAAAGAGGCGAAUUUAUACACUAAUCCUCCAGUGGCCACAAACAAACCAGGACAGAAGUUGCAGAAGAGGACCCAAGGCCGAUUUCUCCUCCUCGGGGAUCCCCAGGCCAACAACUGCUCCCUGAGCAUCAGAGAUGCCAACAAGAUGGACAAUGGGAUGUACUUCCUUCAAACUGAGAGUUUCUUUCAGAAAUACUCAUAUGAACAUAAGAUGGUCUCUCUAGAGGUGACAGCCCUGACUCAGUCACCCGACAUCCAGAUCCUGGGACUCCUGCAGUCUGGCUACCCCAGGAACCUGACCUGCACUGUGCCCUGGACCUGUGAGCAGGGGACGCCCCCCAUUUUCUCCUGGAACUCCACUGCCCUCACCUCCUUGGGCCCCAGCACCCACCUCUCCUCGCUGCUCACCCUCUCUCCAACACCCCAGGACCAUGGCAUCAGUCUCACUUGUCAGGUGACCUUCCCCUCAGUUGAUGUGACUGUAAAGAGGACCGUCCAGCUCAAUGUCUCCUAUGCUCCACAGAACAUGGUCAUCAAUGUCUUCCAAGGAAACAGCACAGUCCUUGAGGAACUGGAAAAUGCCUCAUCUCUUUCCAUCCUGAAUGGCCAGUCCCUGUGUCUGGUCUGUGUUGCUGACAGCAACCCCCCACAGCUGAGCUGGUUUUGGGAAUCCGCAACCAAGAAUGUCUCCCUCAUCUCCAACACUGGAUACAUGGAGCUGCCUCAGGUAGGGACUGGAGAAGAAGAAGUGUUUACCUGUCAAGCUCAAAACCAGCUGGGCUCCCAGCAUGUUCUUCUUAAUCUCUCUGUUCACUAUAAGUUUGAAGGGAUACAAAAACCCAGAUCAGAAUCAUGGGUUCCGGGAGCUGCCGGGGGAGCUGGCGUCAUGGCCCUGCUUUGUCUCUGCCUUUUCCUCAUCGUCAGAGUGAAGACACAGGGGAAGAAGGCAGCUAGGACAGUGGAAGGCAUAAAUGAUAUGAACCCGAUCUUGGGUUCAAGAUCAUGGGGGCACCAGCACCAGCUCCAGAAAGGCACCCCUUCAGACCACCCUGCCCCUGCUGGGGAUGGCCCUACCUCAAGAGAGGAACAAGAGCCCUACUAUGCAUUCAUUAACUUCAACAAGCUGAAGCUGCAGGAACAGGAGGACAUCAACACGGAAUACUCAGAGAUACAGGCAUACGAAUGA